AUGUCGUCAGAAGGUGCUAAUUCGCUUGAAUUCGUCUCCAGUAAAUAUGACGACCUUGUCGCCUUCAAACAUUUGGCAAUAAAGAAAUCAAAACAAAUUAAUGAGCUCACCGCCAACCUUGAUGUAACGGGAAACAUUUCUGCUGAUAUGACCUAAAAGUUUACACAUUCCUUCAUGAGUGGUUUACCUGGAUAUUCUAUUUUUUUUUUGGUUUAAGUAUUAAUUUGUUAGUAAGGGUUCAAUUUGUUGUUCACUGUUUUAUGUAUUUUUACUGCCUGACCUAUUAAAUUGGUGUUGUUUCCUAAUUCAUAGCAUGCCACUGUUCUUUUUUUCAAGCGAGGUACCUUGUAGCUGAAUCUUAGAUCUUCCCAAAGUUUCCAUACUGAGCAACCAUCGCACCAAGCAUUCCGAACGUUUCAGAUCGGGUUUUUCAGUUCUACUUUUCGACGAAUUCGCACAGAAAUGCUCGCGACACAGGCUUAUGACACUACCUUGCCACUCGAGCAGAUAUCUUUGUUACAGUAUUAGUAUUAUUUAGAGACCGGUGAAACACAUGGCAUGACAUGGAGACAGAGGAGUGGAGACUCUGUGCCUUUCGAUUGUAUUGAUUUAGAUCAUGUUGCAUAUUUCAUUUUGACUAAUUCAGCCGGUCUGCAUACAUCUGUUGUAUUGACGAGGGUGAGCGUAACCACCAGCCCUGAAUCAAAUCGAAGCUCUAAGAGGAGCCGGUUAACAUAGUUACGAAAUCCUAAACAUUUGAUUGCGCUAUUUGGUUUAUCAAAGAGUUAGCCACUGAAGACCGAUCGAUCCGUAUUCAGCAUAUAAUGAGCUGAUAUAAUCUAGAACGGCUGAAGAGAUUCUGCCCAGCAAAAUGCAAAGGCAGGAAAAAAGUUAAAAUCAUUAAAAUGAUAGUAUAUUCUUUCUAAUCGCUGAAUCGGCACAUGACAAAACAGACAAAAGGUGAGCUAUGCAUUUGAGCCGUUACAAAGAAGCUGAAAGAAGGCGUAAGACGCCGAUCUUUUCAUGUGCUGAUUCAACACGUUAGGUUCGGCGCAUGAAAAGUUGUCUGUGGCCAAAGCAGUAGACCGAAUAUGCCGAAUCGUUGGACCUUACGAAAUAAAACAGUAUAAAGCUCAGACCGGUGAGGCGGCGGUUCGAUUACACUGAUUACAAAAACUGAAAAAUUAUGUCGCAAAAUCUAGAAACGAACAGGGAGAUCUUAUCGAAUGAGGUGUACAUAGAAGACGUAUAAUGAAAAAAGACCACUUCUCAAUACAAACAGAAAACGAAUAAGAUAGAAAGGCCGGAAAGCUAAAUGAAUUCUUCCAUUCUUUGGUUUUAAAAUGUCCUAAAAUCGUAGCCACGUUACAGUGAAAUUCCUCCUCUUUAGGGUCCCAAAAACAGUUAGGUUAAAAUGAAGUAAACCUUACCUGAAUUAACGUUUUAAAGAUAGUUGAAUAUAAGCGAAUGAAAUCUCCAUGUAGAAUGCAAGCAUCCCAAAGCGACAAGCGAAUCAAACCUCUAAGCUCAGCGAGUCUUUUCUUGCAGUGCGGUGCAAGAAAUCAACGGCAAUUCGGUUGAAUAAGGGUGACGUUGGUGGUGCUGAUUUGACACAGUCCAGCUGUGCGCAACAAAAGAACUAUUGUUUGCAACGCACCACAACAUCUGACCUUCUCUUCUUUCUGUCCUAUUAAACCCAUCAGGUUAUCACUGCUCUGAGGUUAUCAACACUGUGAACACCCACUUCCUGAUUUUCCUGAUAGGCGAGAGAAAACAGAGAAAAAGCAAUUCACAUUAUUCGGAGAAUUUUGGGAAAUUAUACCGAUUUUCUUAACCAUAUAGUACCUGCAGACUGAGAAACAAGCCCUCUGAGCUUUAUAUUCCGAAGCAACUUGAUGAAAGACCAUAAAAAAUUUGCCCGAUUUGUGUUUCAGGUGUUUGACCACUUCCACACUGACUUCCAGCAGUGCGUGUUCUGCUGUUCAGGCUGUUGUUUUCGAUAAGUUAUUUUUUUAAACAUUUUUUUUUCAACUUAACGGUUUGAACAAAGGUACCAAACGGCGACGAUUCUCAUUGACAGCAGUGCUGUCACUUCGUUUUUAGUUUUUAAAAUCUGUGAUGUUUUUGCUAGUAACUACCGUAAUCAGUUUGUAAUCAAUGUGUUCACCAUUUUCAGCUGACCAUUCACAGCAUUCAGACCAUUCACCAGCUCAUUCACCAGACUGACUAGAUUCACGAUCAUCGCCUUGCCUUGCAAAGCCACACUGAACACACUGCACUGAGUGCAAACCGCUUGUAUUUUCCGCAGUUUCCGGAAAAAAACUACCCAGGAAAAAACUGAGUCUGCGGUGCAGACGACUCGAGAACUAAAUCAGCAGUCCUCCGAGUCCCAGUGGUCGAUGAGUGGUUUCUCUUUCACCGAAAAAAAAACAAAAAAAAAACGCCUGAUCACAUCAGAUCACAUAGCCUGCGAACAGUAGACACUGAGUAGACUUUAAUAUUUCCUGAUAUGUCCGGUCGUUACUUCUCUCUGAUACUAGGAGCGUUGCGUGACGACACUAAAAACGGCUUUGUAGCAGACUACCGCCCUGGGCGCUUAUUAAAUUUUUGGACCUUGAGAGUGGACGCCUAUUCUAGGUGGGCGUUUAUUCAAGGCUGGGCCCUUAUUGAAUGUUCACCAUUUUCAGCAAGUGUAGUACGUUUAUUUUGCAACAAAACAAUAAAUGGUAACAACAAAACGAGAAGAUGUAACAAUGCAAGGUUUCUGUAAAAUACUCUGAAGAAAACUCCGUCUUCGGGGAAGUGUCUUAUUAGUACUUAUUCAAUUUUUUUUUGUGUCGGAGGAGGAAUGGGGGCAGGAGUGGUCGCUUAUUUUAGUUUGAGUGGAAAGGGGAGGGUUGUGAGGUGUGGGUGGGCGCUUAUUCGAGGCUGGGUGUUUAUUAACCCGCAGUUCUGCCUCUAGGAUGGGUGCUUAUUCGAGGUGGGCGCUAAUUCGAGGUUGGGCGCUUAUUCGAAUAAAUACGGUAUUUUUUAGCGUGUUACGGGUUUUUUUCGUUCUACAUCAACUAUGUACAUAGCCCGCUUCCCAUCCCAAUGAUAGUAGCAACAGCAAACGAGAAAAAUUAGGUUUUCCACUCGGGUAAAAUAUAAUGCAAAGUAAAUGCAAUGAGUAUAAUAGGCAACAGUCUGAACACAGUAGAUCGCUGGACUUGGCGCGCGCUGCGACCACAGAAAAGUUCAGUUGAAAAAUGGCAGACCAAACUAUAGUAUAUCCACUUUAUUCAGCUUAGUCGAUUUUCACCCGAACUUGAAUAUGCAUUGUUUUCAAUUGCCCAUCUAGCUUCAUUCAGUGUUCAGUCGUUCUCUGACUGCGGCUUUGCAGUCGCGAAAUCGUAUGCACCUGCCGAACCUUUCGAACCUUUGUUCGGAUCAGGAUUGCUGUGUUCCUUAACUCUCACUGCAAAACAAAUAUGACACACUGAUGACAAACAAGGAAAAAAACAUAAUCAGUGUCAGAAGUCUCACUGCAGUCUUGCACCUGUUAGAAAAAGAAACAGCUGAAGAAAGAUGAACCCAUCAGACCCAUCACUGACACAUUAUAUUAUAGCCAACUCAUCAGCAGACUCAUAUCCAGCCCAACGCGCAAUCGUGUUAUAACAGGAAUAAUUCAGCCUGAUAAUUCACUGUAAUCGUCAGCUGAUAAUUCACCUAAUAAUUCAGAUAAUUGUAAAUUAUUAUCUAUACUUGGAGGAAUCUCCAGACUCCAGAAUCUUCGUUAUUCCAGUGUUCUGAAUGUUUUCUUACCAAAUUUCUGUUUCAGCAAUUACCUGUAAGGACACACUGACGCCGAAACACAGGAAACAGUACCUGAUUUAAACAGUUGUUUAAACUGUUUAAACUGUUCAAAGAACUGUAAUAAAGAGCGUAAUCUUCUGAUCUUUCUGAUCUUUACUACUGGACCUAUUCGGCCUAUUCUUCAGAUUCCCCCCAUCAGCUGUCCUCUCCUAUUACCUUAGCACCCAGAGCACCUUACCCCUCGGGGACGAACAGAAAAAACAGAACAGAACACUGAAAAAACACUGAGCCGUGCCCUGGGCUAUUCCAACUGAUCCCAACUCUGCCAACUGCCUUAGCUGACUGCGUUCAAUGUGCGUUGUAAUCAGUCAGUGCCAUGCCGUAUUUCAGAUUUUUCCGUAAGUGCCGUGCGAAUUGAGUUUGGCAGGGUACAAGACGUUUGAAACUGGCUUUAAAAUCACUUAAAUACCUUUUCUUUUACACCUAGAAUUUUCUAUACACUCAUUAGACGUUUCAACUGGCUUUAAAAUCACUUAAAUGCCUUUUCUUUUACACCUUGAAUUUUCUAUACAUUCUACGUCGCCCUAGAAAAUUCGGAGACAUUCUCACACUAGAUAAAGUUUUCGGAGAAAACUUGAAAGGACCCCUAAAAAUUUCGGUCAAGGGAAAGCUCGUCAGGUAAUCUCACGUUUUCGGAAAGCUUUCACUGUGGGCUGUUAUUUUCGGGAAAGGCGAAAAACAGCCCUAAAAAAUUCGAGAGGGUCAAACCACUCCUAGGACGACCGAACAGAUCAAAUUUUUUUAGCGAUGCGAAUUAUUCAUUUAUAUUGCUUUUAAAGCACUACAGGAUGCAUAACGAGCCAUUUCAGAUCAUUUUCCAGAAAACGGUCGUUGGGUGCCCCUGUUCAAAGACGAAGCGGUGAAGCAAAUCAAACAACUGUUUACUGGAGUCGCCGAAAUCUCCAUUCUCUGCGACCGAAUUGCUAAAUCCAUCGACACUCUUGAAGCAUACAGUUACCAGUUUAAUGUCAAAAUUGUGGGUAUGCCAGCUACAACGCAAAAUGAAACCUCCGAUCAAACUGUCGCUCUCUGCCUCAGGAUGUUUGAAGCCCUUGGAGUUGAAGAUGUUUCGCUUAACGACAUCGAUAUUGCUCAUCGGAUACCGAGCCGUUCUGCCUCGAACAGGCCGAAUGCUAUCGUUUGCAAAUUUACUCGAAGACUGGCAAAGGGAAAAGUUAUGGCUGCGCGAAGGAGAUUGGAGAACCUCGAGGCGUCACAGUUAGGCUUCCCUGACGAUUUUGAUAUCAGUCAUAUUAACUUGUAUGAUCAUCUAACUCCUCGACUACAGGAGCUUCUCUUCGAGAGCAAGAAAUACAAGGACGCCAAUAACUUCAAAUUCUGUUGGGCGAAAAACGGAGCUGUCUGUCUGCGCAAAACGGAAACAUCAACAGUCAUAAAGCUAACAAGCCUAGACGAAUUAAAUGAACUGAGGGAGUCACGAUAA